AUGGCUGAGGGGGAUCCUGCCAUGGCAUUUUGUCAAAGGUCACAUUAUCUGCUUGAUAGUGCCAAGAACAGCCAUGUGGACGGAGAAAUUGCCUACUACCGUGCGCCCCGGUCCGGGUCCCCGGUCCUGCAGAUUUCCCCCAGUCAGAGCUCCUCAAAAACUGUUCCGUCCGGAGCCCUUUACUGGGGCCGUAUCGCGGGCAUGUCACCGCAACCCAUCGGGGCACCCAGGAACCCCGCCAUUGAGCAGCCUUUGGUGACUGGACCAUCGCUCUCAAGCAGGGGCUUGUUCGCCUAA